AUGGAUGUGUUGAAAACAUUGGCUGCUGAAAAGCCAGUGGUGGUCUUCAGCAAGAGCAAUUGUGCCAUGAUCCACUCAGUGAAGGCUCUCAUAAUAGGCUUUGGUACCUACCCUGAAGUUAUUGAGAUUGACAAAAUGCCAAAUGGGCAGCAACUAGAGAGAGCACUGAUUCAGCUAGGUAGCCGCCCGAGCGUGCCUGCGGUGUUCAUAGGACAGCAAUUUAUAGGUGGAGCUGAUGAACUCUUAAUCCUCAAUGUUCAGAACAAGCUUGCCCCAUUGCUUCUAAGAGCUGGAGCUAUCUUUCUCUGGAGCGAGUAG